GCGGCCUCGGGCCUUGCCGAGAAGGCCACCGCAGGCGACGAGCACGUGGCCAUUGCCGGGGAGGACCUCUCCAUGGGAGAGGAAGCCGAGAAGCGGAGGGGCGAGCCGACAUCAGAGAGCUGGUGUUGCCCUUGCCUCGCGCCCUCAUCGGAAAGGAUUGACCGGAGAAGCUCUGAGCCCGCGUUCUUGGCGCUGGAGCAGACGCUGCAGGAGAGGCGGAAGGAGCACGAGUUUCUCAAGUUCGACGAGGUUCUCACCCUGGGCAUGAAUGUCCCCGUCAAAGCGACCCGGGCCCAAAUUGACCUGGCCACGCGUCGUUACUACAACGGGGGGGAGCAGCUCGGAGGAGGCUACUCGCAGCUGGGACGGUGUCAAGGGGAGUCAUGGUUAGUGGAGUCCUUCUUCACGUUAGAACUUCCUCUUCGGACCUGCCUGGUCAGCUCCCUGCUAGAGCCAAGGACAAGCUUUGGAGUCUGCGACAUCUGUUUCGGGCAGAAACACCACUGGGUGGGCGUGUCGACACGUUGA